AUGGACCACCUACUUGCCAGAAAGAAAUCAUCAUACUCUCUUCGCAGGAGGCAAUUAGAAGCCGGCUCUGUCACGACUAGCGAGAAGUCAAAAGCGCUCCCUAUCAAGAUGGGCGUUAUCAAACUAUUCUUGCCAGUAGAGGCAGCUUUAUGGGCAAAUCAGAACUGGGCAGCACAGAUGCAAGCAAAAGCCUCUGUCGAACCCUACUUGAGAAGGAGCAGACGAAACGAGGCUAGAGUAGUUCAAGAUAUCGCUCGACUAAUCAUCCCUUCUGCGGAAACUCUCGCAACAUUCGGAUCGAAACACCUCGGGAGUUUAGUCGAAAGUGUCAAUGAAGGCUGGAAUAAUUCCAUACCUAUCACCCAGACUCGUCCACAACCCGACUAUGCUGUUGGAUUUGGGCGAAAGGCAUUCACAGAAGAUCAAAUCAAAAGACUUCAACCUUUCGUUGGCGAGCUUACAGACAACUCUUACUUUAUGGCCACAUACUACAUGUACUUUCCGUUCCUGACAUGCGAGGUCAAAUGUGGCGGCGCCGCUCUCGACGUUGCAGAUCGGCAAAAUGCUCACAGCAUGACGAUGGCAGUGAGGGGUAUAGUCGAACUCUUUAGGCCAGUGAAGCGCGAAAAGGGGCUCCACCGGGAAAUUCUCGCCUUCUCAAUCUCGCAUGAUCACAGUUCGGUGAGAAUCUACGGCCAUUACCCUCUCGCUCAAAACCCUGCCGCCAGAAAGGAGGGCACUGUUUUCCGCGUCACUGGUCUCCCAGCCUCACAGCCUGACGACGAGCUCAACGAAGCCUUGAAGGCUGCCAUCGACGACAACCUGGCGGGCGAACUAUGGAAUGCAGCUAUUGUGCCCUCCUGCUACGACAAUGAGGAAAAAGUCGCGCUGGUCGAGUUCCACGGCGGAGUGCCUGCAUUCCUGUCCGAGCUGAUGGCCAACCCGCUGGGCGACUGGCAGCUGUACACGCCAAAGCCAGGAUCACCGGCAACCGCUGAUAUAAUCGCUAUCACGGGCCUCGACGGACACGCAUAUGGCUCGUGGAGGGGAAAGGGAAACCUCGGGCGCAUGUGGCUACGCGACUUUUUGUCCAAGGACCUGCCAUGCUGCCGCACGAUGAUCAACGGCUACAACUCGAAGCUGUCAACGCAUGGGGUCGACACAAUCAUGGACUACAGCCGAGGGUCGAUAGAGGAGCUCAAGCAGGUCAGGAAUACAAAGGAGCUAAGAAAGCGGCCCCUGUUCUUCAUCGCGCAUAGCUUUACAUAG